ACUCGGGCUAGAAAACGCGCGAAGGAGGGGAAGAAGCGGACCGCGCGCUGGUCUUAAAGGACGGUGACCAGAAGAACCAGGCAGCUCUUUUCACCCUCCUGGCAGAGAGCUGAGGGCCGUGGGCAUCAGCGGAUUUGCUGCUCUUGUCAUCAGCUCUCCACUGCCAGAGAUCGAGCGGAGACUUUGGAAACAUCCGAAGGCUGUAAAGCUGUGACACUUUUGACUUGGGGGGAAGGGGGUGGGGCGGGGGCACAGAGGCGAGCUGAGGCGAAGGGACUCGGCAGGACACCCGUUCGCCCAAUGAGGAAGGCAGCGAUAUGAGCUGGACACCCGCCACUACGGAGUCUCCACGUCUCUGGAGAGUCGCCGGCUGUGCCAGGACUUCAGCUUGACUUGAAUGGAGAUCUCCUUUGGGAAGCAAUGAGUUUCCGAUAAUCUGUGGUGUGGCUUGUUUUAUUUGGAAAAUACUCAACCCCAGUGCUUGCCAUUCUACUUGACUUCUGAAACUCCUGCAAGCCCAUGUGGACUACGGGUAGAAUGAGCAAUGCAAAGAGUUGGCUUGGACUUGGCACAUCCUUGUACUUCUGGGCGCUGAUGGACCUCACAGCCACUGUUCUCUCCAGCACUCCAAUGCCAGAAGUUGAAUUAGAAACACUCUUCUCUGGAAGGUCGCAGUCACAUCAGCGAAGCAAGAGGAGCUGGGUUUGGAAUCAGUUUUUUGUCCUGGAAGAGUACACUGGGACUGACCCUUUGUAUGUCGGCAAGACCCAACAUAAGGGCCAAGACGUGUCUUCUUCCAGCUUCCUCCCAUCACUUGCCAUGAAGACCAGCUUCAUUCAGACAUGGACAGAGGAGAUGGAUCCAUCAAAUACAUCCUUUCAGGAGAAGGAGCAGGCAUCGUGUUUACCAUUGAUGACACCACUGGAGACAUCCAUGCCAUUCAGAGGCUCGACCGAGAAGAAAGAGCCCAAUAUACUCUAAGGGCUCAAGCCCUAGACAGGAGAACAGGCCGGCCAAUGGAGCCAGAAUCAGAGUUCAUUAUCAAAAUCCAAGAUAUCAAUGACAACGAGCCCAAGUUCCUGGAUGGACCUUACAUCGCCACUGUGCCAGAAAUGUCACCAGUAGGUACAUCUGUUAUCCAAGUGACAGCCACAGAUGCUGAUGACCCAACCUAUGGCAACAGUGCCCGGGUAGUGUACAGCAUUCUCCAGGGCCAGCCAUAUUUUUCUGUGGACUCCAAAACAGGUGUAAUCAGAACAGCCCUUAUGAACAUGGACAGAGAAGCCAAGGAGUACUAUGAAGUGAUUAUCCAAGCCAAAGAUAUGGGAGGGCAACUUGGAGGAUUGGCUGGGACCACAACAGUCAACAUCACUCUCUCAGAUGUCAAUGAUAACCCACCCCGAUUUCCACAGAAACAUUAUCAGAUGAGUGUGCUAGAAUCUGCUCCAAUUAGCUCUACUGUGGGCAGAGUGUUUGCCAAGGACCUGGAUGAAGGAAUCAAUGCAGAGAUGAAGUAUACCAUUGUGGAUGGAGAUGGUGCAGAUGCUUUUGAUAUUAAUACAGACCAAAACUUCCAAGUUGGCAUCAUAACUGUGAAGAAGCCCCUGAGUUUUGAAAGCAAGAAAAGCUACACCCUGAAGGUGGAAGGAUCCAAUCCUCACCUAGAGAUGCGUUUUCUGAACCUUGGCCCAUUUCAGGACACAACAACAGUGCACAUCAGUGUGGAGGAUGUGGACGAGCCCCCUGUGUUUGAGCCUGGCUUUUAUUUUGUGGAGGUGCCAGAGGAUGUGACAAUUGGAACAACCAUACAGAUCAUUUCUGCUAAGGACCCAGACGUAACCAACAACUCAAUCAGGUACUCCAUUGACAGAGGCAGCGACCCGGGAAGAUUUUUCUAUGUGGACAUUACAACAGGUGCUCUAAUGACUGCAAGACCACUAGACAGAGAAGAGUUCUCCUGGCAUAAUAUAACUGUCCUUGCUAUGGAAAUGAACAAUCCCUCCCAAGUGGGAAGUGUUGCUGUCACAAUCAAAGUCCUCGAUGUGAAUGACAACGCUCCAGAGUUUCCCAGAUUCUAUGAAGCUUUUAUCUGUGAAAAUGCCAAAGCCGGACAGCUGAUCCAGACAGUGAGUGCUGUGGAUCAAGAUGACCCUCACAAUGGCCAACAUUUCUACUACAGUUUGGCUCCUGAGGCUGCUAACAACCCCAACUUCACUGUCAGGGACAACCAAGAUAAUACUGCUCGGAUUCUGACCCGGAGGUCCGGCUUCCGACAGCAGGAGCAGAGCGUCUUCUACCUGCCCAUCCUCAUCGCAGACAGCGGCCAGCCCGUCCUCAGCAGCACCGGCACGCUUACCAUUCAAGUGUGCAGCUGCAAUGACGAUGGCCACGUCAUGUCCUGCAGCCCAGAGGCCUAUCUGCUCCCAGUCAGCUUGAGUCGGGGUGCCCUCAUCGCCAUCCUGGCCUGCAUCUUUGUCCUCUUAGUGUUGGUGCUGCUCAUCCUGUCCAUGAGGCGACAUCGCAAACAACCCUACAUCAUCGACGACGAUGAGAACAUCCACGAGAACAUUGUGCGCUACGACGACGAGGGGGGCGGCGAAGAGGACACAGAGGCCUUCGACAUCGCAGCCAUGUGGAACCCGCGCGAGGCGCAGGCAGGCGCCGCCCCCAAGACGCGCCAGGACAUGCUCCCCGAGAUCGAGAGCCUGUCCCGCUACGUGCCUCAGACCUGCGCGGUCAGCAGCACGGUCCACAGCUACGUGCUGGCCAAGCUCUACGAGGCCGACAUGGACCUGUGGGCCCCGCCCUUCGACUCCCUGCAGACCUACAUGUUUGAAGGGGACGGCUCUGUGGCCGGCUCGCUCAGCUCCCUGCAGUCAGCCACCUCGGACUCAGAGCAGAGCUUUGAUUUCCUCACGGACUGGGGACCCCGCUUCCGAAAACUGGCAGAACUCUACGGGGCGUCCGAGGGGCCCGCGCCCUUGUGGUGACAGAAGCCCGGAGGCAAAGGGGCACCCAAAUCCAGACGUUCUCAAAGGCUGCUUCUCAUGCCCGAGGCGCGGCCACCCCAGGAGCAAUAUUGUGCUGGACAGUGAGGAUGGGAGUGAGUGGACCCAGCAGAGCUCUCUCUGGAUCAGCUUUACUUGGUUAGACUAAGCUAAAUAAUCAGAAGGAAACCCAGGAGAAGAGGGCAGAAUCUCCAAUUACCAUUUUAAUUUCUUUUUUUGACACUGUAUUCACAGGUUUGAAUUAUUAAAGCUUGGCUCUUUUUGUUUGUUUCUUUAUUCCUUUGUUUUUUCCUAUUCACCAAGGCUUUUGUCACUUUACCACCAAGAAAAGGUGCCAGUGUUAACUACACAGAUAGUAGGUGAGGGCGGGAGUGGAGGCAGGGAGCAAGUCCUACUCUAGUUUUUCUGCAUCGUCAGAUCUGCAGAAACCAACACACACACACACACACACACACACACACACACACACACACACACACCACUGAAAAAUUAUUCCUCAGUGAAAUCAUCUUACUUGUUCUAAGGUGGGUGGUACAUUAUUUAACUCUUUUGAGACAAGGUUUAGACUUUCCCGGCCUUGCAUGGGGAAUGGUUGGGGAGGGUGGGAGAAGGAAGAGACAUUGACAUUGACGUGUGCUCUCAUGUAAGAGCUGAACAGAGAGUUCGCAUUGUAGCUGAUCCAGCAUCAACACGUUAGUGUGCGGUGUUCUCCUGACAGCUUUUUAUGCCUUCGUAAAAGCCAGAAGGAAAGCAGAAAAGCUGCCUCGUGCACUGUAGAUGUCUCUUCUGAGUGCCAAAUGUGGAGAUCAGAUGCAACAAAAGAAAGCCAAAUAAGAAGUAUCUGAUAAAAGCAUGGGUUAGAGGGCUUUCCUAAUCUGUGUAAAGUCAAUCCAAGGGAUGUUUACAUACUGUAGAUAACCUACUUGAACAAAAUCAGUAUUAUAGAGAAGAAAUGGAUGUAAGAGUAUUACCUGUAAAAGUUUUGUAUAUUUGUUAAUAAUUUUGUUAAUAAAUAUGAUGUGCUACAUCUCAGUAACUUAGCACUUCUUUUAAUAAAAGCUAAAUAGAAGGAAA